AAGACUUGGCUAUGUCAAAUAAACGAAGAACUUAUGGAACAAGCUGAAAAUACUGGUAUCAAGGUUGAUCUCGUUGAUGACACCACAGAUGAAGGUGUACGCGCAGGGCUGCGACUGGCAUGAAAAAUUCCUCCGUUACCAAGCGCAUCCUAAGCCACCGAAGCACUCGAAGAAAAGCAAAGGUACGACUAAUAUUAAAGGCUUACCUCCCGCAAAAAAGUCGAAGGGGCGAUCUGGACGUACGGCCAUCAAAUAUUCUGAUACAUCUGAUUCGGAUACCAAAGACGAGUUCGAUUCUGAAGACGAAUAAUUCCCGUAGGUAUGCGAGCAAGUACCUCGGAUUUAAUUCGCUGGAAGGUAUAAGAGCCCCAGGACGCCCACUCGUGGUAUUUUCAAGGAGCCAUAAGCUGCGAAUUGUGUCGCUGUCAAAGUUGUCGCUGGCGACUCUGGAUUUAGAACCUUUCACCAUACCAAUAUUUGCUCCUACUU